UCAGGAAACUCGAAAAAAAGUUGGUGACAGUUGGUAAAACGGAUUUUUUAAAGGGGUUAAAGAGAUUGAUCACCUCGGAGAACGCCUGAUUAGCGGUACUCCCCCAUUCUAUUAUUAAGUGGAUACAAUAUCUGCAAGUUCGUAUAUGUGUGAUGUCGCACAAUUUUCAUUUAGUUUCCUGUACGAUUUGGCGGUUUUGUUCGAAUUGAAUAUAGGUGCAAUAAGAUGUUUGAAUACUAGUGAUUUUCAUUCAAUCAACAAUAACUUUACUCCCGUAGUAGACGACCAUACCCCGCAAACUGACUACUAGGACGAGUUUAUUAAAAAAUUCUAGGAUGAAGAAUGCCACAUCU